GGCCAAUGGGAACUUACCAGGGGCGAGGCAGACGCCUGCGGAGCGGAAGUGGGUUGCUUUGAGACCGCCGAGUCUUGCUUGAGCGGGUCUCCUCAGCGGCUCGCGAAGGUGUUUUUUCGCUCUAACCGGUUGGCGACGGCGGCCAGGACUUGAAGAGACUGAAGACUUAUCUGGCUCCAGAUUCUUUGUAAGCUGGAAGAUGAGUAACCAGUGGGCAUGAGAGGCUGAGAACAUUCGACUUUGCUGCAAACCUUGGUGUAGGUCACUUCCUUUUCUGUAGGUUGGAGCCAGAGAGCACAAUGAGUACAAGAAAGCGUCGCGGUGGAACAAUAAGUUCUAGACAAGCCCAGAAGCGAACUCGGGAAGCAGGCACCACCCCCGAGAUUGCCAUGGAUCCAGAACCCAUAGAACUUGAGGAGACAGCUGGAGAUGAAAUCGUGGACCUUACAUGUGAAUCAUUAGAGCCGGUGGUCGUCGACCUGACUCACAAUGAUUCUGUUGUGAUUGUUGAAGAGAGAAGGCGGCCGAGGAGGACCAUGAGGAGCCAGCGCCAGGACCACUCGGACAGCUGUGUGGUGAGCAGCGAUGACGAGGAGCUCUCCAGGGACAGGGAUGUGUAUGUCACCACCCAUGCUCCCCGAAGUGCCAGGGACGAGGGUGCCACAGGACUAAGGCCCUCUGGCACCGUCAGCUGUCCCAUCUGCAUGGACGGAUACUCAGAGAUUGUGCAGAAUGGACGUCUCAUUGUCUCUACAGAGUGUGGCCACGUCUUCUGUAGCCAGUGCCUCCGUGAUUCCCUAAAGAAUUCUAACACUUGCCCAACUUGUAGGAAGAAGAUAAGCCACAAACGGUACCACCCCAUUUAUAUAUGAAGAUCUCUGAGCCUCCCAGGAGAGCCAGACGGACAGACAGACAGCCUGGCUGGGCUCUCUGCAUGCUCUCUGCCUCCAGUUUCCUGAGCGCAACAAGACUGUUUCAAAGCCAACAUCUUAUAUGUAAACUGCUCUUUCCUUCCCCAUCCUCUUAGAUCUUUUUGUUAUCUCAAGUUUGAUGCUAUGGAGUUGCACCCAGGGACGCUCCAGGCCUGGCUCCUCACCUUUGCUUCUCUUGGGUAGCCUGGUCCUAAAGUAGGAGCAAGAGGAGUGAGGCAUAGUAGACUUUGAGGACUGGGCUCCAGCCUUUGCAGAGUCUGCUCGUGUGCCAAGAAGUUUCCCUGUCGGAAGGUGUGCUCAGCUCUCCCGGGAGCACGGCCUUCCCAGGCAUCUGGCAGUCGCCUGAUCUCCUCUGCCUGCCACCCAGUGCUCGAGCCAGACCUGGCCCACUUGGCCCAAGGAUCCCGGUGCAGGGAUGGCCCCUGGACUUUCCUUCCCUCGGGGUCAGAGGUGACCUGCAACGCUGCCUGUAUCUUACCAUUGAUGUGCAGUGUUCUCUGCAAACCUUGAGGACCUCUGCAGGGCAAUCCCUGUUUCCUAAGAACGAAAAGUGCAAUAAAGCCCGUUCUCACCCACGUCUCAGCAGUCAGGAGGUGGCGCUGCCACCUCAGAGUCCUUGAGCCGUCUGCGGAACAGUGCCCAUCUGCCUGUCUCUGCGUGCCAGCCCUUCUCAGGAACCUUCCCGUGCUCCAAAGCUCCCCACCUGGCACAGGACACGUGGGCCAGGGAGCAGGGGCACGUCUUGGUGUCCUCCUGUCUGAUGAGAGCCGUCCUGCGCCGGCCGCGUGCCCUCCGGCCCUCUGGUCCUCCGUUCCCACUGCCCCUCGUACGGGGUGGUGGCAGCAAUUGUGGCCUUAUAGCCGCUCAUUUCCAUGUCUCCGCCCAGGUCACUGUCUCCAUUUCAGAGAUGUUGGCCCGGCCGACCUGACGUGGCACUGGCUUGGCUUGUCCCCCCUCUCCCACCGGGUGACACUUAUUUCUAAAGCUGCUUUUCACCUGCUCUGUAGGGUUUGGGUUGGCAAGCCUGGUGGCUGUCCCUCCCAACAGAGCCCAGCUAACGCUCAGCCCACAGAUGUGUGGUACCUCGGGGCCUCUAAAGGGCAGCAAGGUGACCUGAACUGGCUGUAAGGGCACCAGGACCCGGGGCAGCAGACAGUGGUCACGUGGGGCCAGCCUGCUCCACCACACUUCCAUUCUCAGAGCUUUGAGCCAAGCCAGUAGCUGUUGGCGUGACACAUCUGCAAGGUGGAGAAGGGCCACUCUGGCUUUGCUAGCAAUAACUGACCUUCAGGCCCCCUCUGAAGGAGCAGGGACUCAGCACAGAAUUCACUUUACUUGGGGCUGAAGGAGCAUCCCUCCUCUAUGUGAACAGAAAGUGGUUUAUUCUUCAUUCUUUUUUUUUUUUUUUUUUUACCUUUUUGGAUUACUACCAGAUCUUUUGAAUGAGUACUAAUUUUCUCCAUGAAGUGAGAGGGGUGGAGCACCAGCCUCCAUCACUGUAGUGUAGUGGGCCUGCCCUCCACUUGGUCAUCGUGGUCAUCACGGCCACUGAGUCCCCUCUGGUCAUCAGCAAGAUGCCCUCGUUCAGUUCUCAUGCUGCCCAGAGGGACAGCCAGGCAACCGUGCUGCUGUUGACCAGUAAAUGUAACAUCCAUUUCAAAUUCAUGUUUCAUCUUAGUGCACACAUGGUGGAUCCUAAAAUUAUAUUCAUCCUAAAGUGAACUGGGAAAAAUGUGUUAGUUUCUACUCAUCAAAAUCUGCAAACUAGGAAAAGGCUGUGUGAGAAAAAUCCCUUUCCUCAAUGUACAUAGUUCAAUUCUUUCUUUGUUAUGUUUAAAUUGUAUCCAUGGACAUCAGUCUGUUUUGGACUCCUGCUAGUGUUAAAGAUGAAAAUAAAACCAUUAAUUUGAACCCA